AUGGUGAAGUAUGACUCCACCCAUGGCAAAUUCAAUGGCACACUCAAGCCUGAGAAUGGGAAGCUUGUCAUCAACCGGAAGCCCAUCGCCAUCUUCCAGGAGCGAGAUCCUGCUAACAUCAAAUGGGGUGAUGCUGGUGCUGAGUAUGUUGUGGAGUCCACUGGCAUCUUCACUACCAUGGAGAAGGUCAGGGUCAACUUGAAGGAUGGAGCCAAAAGGGUCAUCAUCUCUGCCCCUUCUGCUGAUGCUCCCAUAUUUGUGAUGGGUGUGAACCUCGAGAAAUAUGACAACUCGCUCCAAGAUUGCCAAGGCUGUGGGCAAGGUCAUCCAGAGCUGAACGGGAAGCUUACUGGCAUGGCCUUCCAUGUUCCUACCCCCAAUGUGUCCGUUGUGGAUCUGACAUGCUGCCUGGAGAAACCUGCCAAGUAUGAUGACAUCAAGAAGGUGGUGAAGCAGGCAUCUGAGGGCCCACUGAAGGGCAUCCUGGGCUACACUGAGGACCAGGUUGUCUCCUUCGACUUCAACAGCAACUCUUACUCUUCCACCUUUGAUGCUGGGGCUGGCAUUGCUCUCAAUGACAGCUUUGUAAAGCUCAUUUCCUGGUAUGACAAUGAAUACAGCUACAGCAACAGGGUCGUGGAC